AGCCACCUCCACUUCCCCGACUUGCCUUACACCGCUCUUCUUACUCUAAAUGUUUCGCUGGUUUCGUGCGCCAUCUGCUCCAGACGAAAUUUACUCAUCCAGCCUUAAGAACCUUCACCUCGGCCACGCCUUGUGGUACCCCGAGCCUCAUGAGUCAGGCGAGCCGCAGAUCGGCGACGUGGGGUUCAUUCACGAGGGCGCUUUCAUACGGCUGUUCAGCCUCGACACCUCUGCUCUCGAAAAGAAAGUCAAGUUCUGGCCGAAGUUGUUCGAGGUCACAGAGCCGUUGCCUCCGGACGUGCUGCAGCUUGAUCGCAGGCGGAGUCCACUCGUUCCUGGCCACUAUUGCAGCCAUGGUGUAGAGAGCAAGGAGAUGUAUCCCUCGCUAGAUGUGUAAGUCUACUG